CGAGCGAGGCGCUUCCCUUCUGGCACAGCUUGGCAAACUUUUGGAGAGUUUGGAACACCCUGCAGAGAGUCACAUAUUGACAGUGCAAAGAUCAACAGAGGAAGAAGUGAAACCGUCGGCGCUGGUGGGUGAGGACCAGGGGCCCCUGGAACCUCAGUCAGAUAAGACAGGAUUAGCCUUGGCCAGGGAUUCAGUGACUCGUGCGGGAGGUUGGAAGACUUGGCCCCGGCCAGGAGGGGUGACUUUGGCAAGAAGGGUGCAGGUUGCCUUCCGGGCGUCCUUCCUUGAGACAAAAAGGGGGUUGGACCUCUUCCCAGGAAGCGUCUCGAAAUGAUCCGAGAUUACCAGGAUCUUUCCGUGGCUUUCAAUGCGGAGAACGAGGAUGACGUGCCCAAGAGAAAAGCUCCUCCCAAGCUGCCUCGGAGCCGAACCUGGGGCCGACGUGUCUGCCCUAGCCGACAUCUGGUUCUAAUCCUGCUGGGUCUCAGCAUCGUCCUCACCGUGACGGUCAUCGUGUUUGGGGCCAAAGGCCAUCUCUACAACUCUCAGUUGCAGAAGGUCCAGGAGAGUCUCGAGAGCCUCAAUCAAACAGCUGGGAAGGAGAUCACGGAUCUCCAGAAACAAGAGACAGGUGCCGAGGGGAGACUCACUGACGUGGAGGGGAGAGUGAAGCAACUGACUGAGGAGGCCAACGGAGCCAGAGAACACCUCCUAAACCAGAUGAAAGAGCUGCAGAAGAGUCACAUAAGGCUGAAUUGCGACUUUGAGGAUUUUAAGCACAAUCGAACAGACCGAGUGGAGGCUUGCUGUCCGAAGGGCUGGGAUGCGUUUCGGAAAAGCUGCUACUGGGAGUCCCGGGUGGGGAAGCCGUGGCAGGAAGCCAAAGCCGAGUGCGAGAGCCGCGACGCCCACCUGGUGAUCAUCAACUCCUACGAGGAGCAACAAUUCGUGGCGGUGCGCGUGAGGCCUCAGUACAUGUGGAUCGGGCUGACGGACUCCAGUGGCAGCUGGAAGUGGGUGGACGGGUCGCCCUACGCCAUUCAGCAACAGUACUGGUGCGCCGAUCAGCCGGACGACUGGUACGGCCACGGCCUCGGGGGUGGGGAGGACUGCGCCCACCUUCACCGCGACGGCUGCUGGAACGACGACCACUGCACCCGCGACUACGGCUGGAUCUGCGAGAUGGAGAUGAAUACUUAAGGGGAGGCGGUGGCUGUCGCUGGUGGUGGGUCCAGGGGAUCCCGGUUUGGACUGGGUCCUGGCAAGGUUCCCCGCUUUGUUCCCAAGCUCCUCCCUUCCAUCCGCAGAAUUGGCACGUCGGAUUGCGUGACUUCUGGCCUUCAGCAGCCUCCCGGAACAUCUGGGGGUCAGUUGGGCUCUGUUGGCACCCCCAUUACUUGCUUUGUCUCCAAACAGUGGCCAUUUCUGCCUCCCUCCCCCCUUUCUGCCAUAUUGUCCUCUCUUCUGGCGUCCCUGACAGACCCCCUCCCCAAUCAAUCUCUGCAGCCUAUUUUCCUGCACCCCACGACCACCUGAACGGGUUUUCUCCAAACCUUUCACUUAACUUACUGAAGCUGCUCAUUUCGUUCAUUAUCUAUAGCCAACAGCAGGGGCUAUCCAGAAGCUGGGAGGGGGGCAAAAAAGUCAAAAUGGUGGGAUUGAAGCCCUGCCCCAUUUUUCUGUGCAUUGCACCACCCUCCGCCCCCGUCAGGCCCCUGGCUGACCAUUUCCCCCAAAGGAGUGAGAACACGUGGCAUUUCUGCUCAGUGGGGCAAAAGGUGCAUAGUUAGAGAUCGAAAAUGGGGCCUUUUCUAGCGUUGAAUAGACCAAAGCCAGUGGUACAGGUCUGACCAAUUAAUAUAGGAUUUAGGUCCACAAUAUGCUUUGGCUGAAAACUUAGCUGAAGGGGACAACUUUGAGACGCUUGAAUUAAGCUUGGCUAAGAGAAACCAUUUUGCUCCAACGCCAGCCUCUAUGUAUGUUCUGAACAUCCAUGCAUUAAAAGUUUCUGCGAUGCACAACA